ACAACACUCGUUAUACGAUCAUUUCGGAUUGCCAAAUGGACUCCGGGACUCAAGAUGAGAUCGAGGAUUUGUCAUCAUCUCCACCACCACCGAUGGGUUCAAUGCAGAUUACGGGCAACAACAACGGGUUUGUUCAUAAUAUCGAUUUUAUGGCUCAAACUUACCUUAGAAACAGAUCGAGUGCUCAGAUUGAUAUCCAAGAAGAUACCGUCUCCUCCAUUAAAGACCGCCCGCUUCCCAUUUUUCUCAAGUUUGAAGAUAUAGAGUUUAAGGUGAAAAUGAGCAAUGCAACACCCGGCAAUCCAGUGAAGUCGGUUAUGUCAAAGAUGGUUUCGCAGUCGAACAGUGAACAUGAUGAUUAUAAGCAGAUUUUGAAGGGUAUCACGGGAAGCAUUGGCCCGGGUGAAAUCCUUGCUUUGAUGGGUCCUUCCGGAAGCGGAAAAACGACUCUUUUGAAGGUGAUUGGGGGAAGGUUACGUGAAAACGUCAAGGGAACCGUCACAUAUAACGAGGUUCCAUAUAGUCCAGCUCUUAAAAGAAGGAUCGGAUUCGUGACCCAAGACGAUGUGCUAUACCCACAACUAACGGUCGAAGAAACUUUGAUUUUUGCUGCAUUUUUAAGACUUUCGAGUAGCAUGAGCCCAAAGCAAAAGUACGACAGAGUCGAGGUCAUUCUUAAAGAAUUAGGACUCGAAAGAUGUCGUAAAACACGAGUAGGAGGAGGAUUCAUAAGCGGGAUAUCCGGGGGUGAAAGAAAAAGAACGAGCAUUGGAUACGAGAUCCUCGUUGAUCCUUCAUUGUUGUUGCUUGAUGAACCAACUUCUGGACUUGAUUCGACAUCAGCUAAUAAACUCAUUCAGAUUUUGAGAGAAAAUGCCAAGGCGGGGAGGACGAUUAUCACAACGAUCCACCAACCAUCGAGUAAAAUGUUUCAUAUGUUUGACAAGAUCUUAUUGAUAUCCGAAGGCCACCCUAUGUACUACGGAAAGGCAAGAGAAUCAAUGAGCUAUUUCUCGUCUCUGAGGUUCAUCCCGGACAUAGCCAUGAAUCCUGCAGAGUUCUUGUUAGAUUUAGCAACCGGUCAAGUAAAUGACAUUAGUACCCCUGACGACAUCGUAACUCCUAAAGGCACUUGUGAAUAUGAAAGGGCAGUAAUUAGAUAUGUACAACUCAGGUAUAAGACCGAACUCGAGACCAAAGAGAAGGAAGCAAAUCAUAGAACGGGAAAAGCCCCGGAACAUCUCAGAUUAGCCAUUCAAGUGAAGAAAGAUUGGACAAUAAGUUGGUGGGAUCAGUUCUUGAUAUUAUUCAAGAGAACGUAUAGAGAACGAUGGAGAGAUUACUUCGAUACGCUACGAGUAGUUCAAUCUCUCGGAGUUGCAGUCUUGUUAGGCCUUCUAUGGUGGAAAUCUAGCUAUGCAACCGAGGCUCACCUUAGAGAUCAGAUUGGCUUGUUAUUCUAUGUGUGUAUUUUCUGGACAUCAUCAUCAAUAUUUGGAGCCGUAUACGUGUUCCCAUUUGAGAAGUUCUUUCUCGUGAAAGAAAGAAAAGCCGAUAUGUAUAGGCUGAGUGCGUACUACGUGUGCAGUACGUUGUGUGACAUGAUCGCACACGUGACUUACCCGACUGUUUUCAUGUUGAUUCUAUACUUCAUGGUCGGGUUCAAGAAAACUUUGCGAUGCUUCUCCAUGACAUUGUCCGCGAUCUUAUUGAUUGCCAUAACUAGCCAAGGGGCAGGAGAAAUGUUUGGAGCUGCAGUGAUGAGCAUUAGAAGGGCAGGCAUGGUUGCUUCUUUAAUACUAAUGUUGUUUCUUCUGACCGGAGGUUACUAUGUUCAGCAUAUACCGAAGUUUAUGCAAUGGUUGAAGUACAUUUCGUUCAUGUACCACGGGUUCAGGCUACUAUUAAAAGUGCAAUACUCGGGUGACGAGUUAUAUGAAUGCGAAAGCGCCGGAGGAUGCAGGCCGUUGCAGAGUUCGCCAUCAUUCGAUACCGUAAACUUAAAAGGAGGAUGGAAAGAAGUUUGGAUGCUACUAGGAAUGGGUCUAGUGUAUCGUUUGUUGGCCUACAUAUGUCUUCGUAGAAAGAUUAGCCAAUGCAAUAUUUGA